CUGGCGCUGAUGGCGCUGGCGCUGUGCGCGCUGCUCCUCAGCCCCGAGCAGGUGUACAGUCGCGCCGGCACUGCGAUGCUGCUGCUGCUGGUCGGCCUCUUCGUCAUUGGCGCCGGCGUCGGCAUGAGCACGUUGCCGUGGGUGCUGGUGGCCGAGCUGUUCCCGCAGCGGAGCCGCGCCGUCGGGCCGGCGCUGAGCAGUGUCGCCUACUGGGCAGGCGACCUGGUCUCGGCCUGGCUCAGCAUCUGGGUUCAAGACACGCUGGGUGCCAGCGGUGUGCUCUGGCUGCACUUCCUUUUCACCACGCUCGCCUACAUCUUCGUCUUCUUCAUCGUGCCGGAGACCAAGGAGAAAGCGCUGGAGGAAAUCGAAGUUUACUUCACCGAAAAGACGAGCAAGAAGCCCAAGUCGCGAGUGCCGUCCGUAUUGAUUACCCGCCUUUGAUCAUUGUCUGUGUUGCUUUAAUGAACGCGCU